AAAAGAUAACACGCUCUGCAACUGCGAGACUGUGUGAAGUUUACAUUUAUAGAGAGAGAGUAGAGAGUAGAGAGAGAGUAGAGUGUGUUUUCAGUAUUGUGGUGAAAAAGCUUGCAGGGAAGAUAAAAGGUUCUUUCUUUCACAAGUAGGGUUAUUGGGUGUGAAAUAUAUUUUCCCAAGAGUGUUUAUUUUCACCCCUUUUCUCUUUACCUUUUGGUGUUUCUUCUGCUAAGAUCGGCUUUUGAUUCUGGGUUUGUCGACUGUGUUCUUGACGAGAAUGGUGGAGACUUGGAUAAUGACAGGGUGAGGUCUUUCUGUUCUAUUAGAAUGAGCUUCAUAAUCGUUCUUUCAUUUUGGAUCUGAAGAAGAUGACUGGAUAAAUCGCAAGAAGUAGGGGAUUCAUUUCUGCGAGAUAUUGAUGAAGAAGGAAGUGAUGAAAUCAGCUCUUUUAUGGCUGAUCCUUGCGGUUUAUCCACUGAGGUUCAUUUUAGCUAACAUGGAAGGUGAUGCAUUGCACAGCUUAAGAACUAACUUAGAAGAUCCUAAUAAUGUGCUGCAAAGUUGGGAUCCUACUCUUGUCAAUCCCUGCACUUGGUUUCAUGUUACUUGCAACAAUGACAAUAGUGUUAUAAGAGUUGAUCUGGGGAAUGCGGCUUUGUCUGGUCAGUUGGUUCCACAGCUCGGUCUUCUCACUAAUCUCCAGUAUUUGGAACUAUACAGUAAUAAUAUAAGUGGGUUUGUUCCAAAUGAUCUUGGAAAUCUAACUAACCUGGUCAGCCUGGACCUCUAUUUGAAUAGCUUUACUGGACCCAUUCCAGAUUCUUUGGGGACAUUGUCAAAACUAAGAUUCCUGUAUGUACUGUCUGCCUUACCAUCUUCUAUUCAUUUCAUUUUUUACUUCUUAAUCAAUACUUAUGGUCGAUAUUUAACGUAUACGAGUGUUUUUGUUUACCAUGUUUUUAUUAGGCGGCUUAACAACAACAGCUUAACGGGUCCUAUUCCUAUGUCAUUGACCAAUAUCUCCUCAUUACAAGUCUUGGAUCUAUCAAACAAUCGUCUAUCUGGAGCUGUACCGGAUAAUGGUUCUUUCUCACUAUUUACGCCCAUAAGUUUUGCGAAUAAUCUGGAUCUUUGUGGCCCUGUUACUGGACACCCAUGCCCGGGUUCACCUCCAUUUUCUCCACCACCUCCAUUUGUCUCGCUCCCUCCAAUUGCAUCCCCUGGAGGUUAUAGUGCAACUGGUGCAAUAGCUGGAGGGGUUGCUGCUGGUGCUGCUUUACUGUUUGCCGCCCCUGCAAUUGCAUUUGCUUGGUGGCGCCGUCGAAAACCACUGGAAUUUUUCUUCGACGUUCCUGCUGAGGAGGAUCCUGAAGUUCACCUAGGUCAGCUUAAACGUUUCUCCCUUCGAGAACUGCAAGUUGCGACAGACAGUUUUAGCAAUAAAAACAUUCUUGGUAGAGGUGGAUUUGGAAAAGUUUACAAAGGAAGAUUAGCGGAUGGGUCUUUGGUUGCUGUAAAAAGACUGAAGGAGGAGCGGACUCCUGGCGGGGAAUUGCAGUUUCAGACUGAAGUUGAGAUGAUCAGCAUGGCUGUUCAUCGUAAUCUCCUUCGACUGCGUGGUUUCUGUAUGACGCCAACAGAGCGUCUUCUUGUAUACCCGUAUAUGGCAAAUGGAAGUGUUGCAUCUUGUUUAAGAGAACGGCCUCCAAAUGAACCACCUCUCGACUGGCCAACAAGGAAGCGAAUUGCUUUGGGAUCUGCGAGAGGUCUAUCGUAUUUGCACGAUCAUUGCGACCCAAAGAUUAUACAUCGUGAUGUAAAAGCCGCAAAUAUCCUAUUGGAUGAAGAAUUCGAGGCAGUUGUUGGUGAUUUCGGGUUGGCUAAACUCAUGGAUUACAAAGACACUCACGUUACAACUGCUGUCCGUGGCACAAUAGGUCAUAUUGCUCCCGAGUACCUCUCCACAGGAAAAUCGUCAGAGAAAACUGACGUAUUCGGUUAUGGAAUCAUGCUUCUUGAGCUAAUAACAGGACAGAGGGCAUUUGAUCUUGCCCGUCUUGCAAAUGAUGAUGAUGUCAUGUUACUUGAUUGGGUGAAAGGGCUGUUGAAGGAGAAGAAGCUUGAAAUGCUUGUGGAUCCCGAUCUUCAGACUAACUAUGUCGAGUCUGAAGUAGAGCAGCUAAUCCAAGUUGCUUUGCUUUGCACACAAGGGUCGCCAAUGGAUAGACCAAAGAUGUCUGAAGUAGUAAGAAUGCUAGAAGGAGACGGUCUUGCAGAGAAAUGGGACGAGUGGCAAAAGGUGGAAGUUCUUAGACAGGAGGUUGAACUUUCACCUCAUCCCGGUUCUGACUGGAUAGUAGACUCAACGGAGAAUCUGCAUGCCGUCGAAUUAUCUGGACCGCGAUGACACCGCCGUGUAAAAGAUGUCAAAAGAGGAAUUACUUGGAACUGUCUUUUUUCUUUCCUUUUUUGGUAAUAUAAGUUUUUAUCAAUUUGCCAUUUCUCUUAAUCUUUUGUUCUGUCAUAUGGCGCUUGCUGGUUAUGGUUAUCGAUAUCUUCACCAAAGGCUUUGUUCAAGCAUUGUUGUAAUGGUAUUUAUUUAGAUUUGUGCAUAUGAGUUUGUAAGACAACUUAUUGUUACGGUUCACGGGGUGAGAUCGGUUGGUUGUGCCGGUUUAAGCCAUUAUGUAUGCAAGAAAACUUAUAUGA